ACUUUUGCUCCCUCCUCCACCUCCACACUCCUCUUUCCUCUCCCCUCAGCCUCAUGUUCUUCUCCCCCUCCCUGUAGCUUCCCUCCCACUCCCCCCGCCCCCUCCCCCAAUUCGACCCUCCCCUCCCGGCCCCCGCCCAAAUAUCCAGUCUUGCUUGGGAACCUUCCCUCGCUCCAGCCAGAGAUCCUCCCCGGGCGGGGAUCCCCGUCGUCCGGCCCCGGCGCGGCGGCCUCUCCCGUCCGCGUCUCCCACGCGUUUUCUUGCUUCCGGCGAGGGAGGGGAGGGGAGGGGAGGGGAUAAGGCGGGGGCAGCGCGCCUGGAUGAGCUGCUUCUCCUGCUUCGGCCCGGCCCUCGAGGCGGAGGCCGGCAAGCCGGGGCCCGAUGCCAAGGACGCGCGAGGCAAGGACGGCGCCGCCCCGGAUCGCGCCGGAUCAGAUAAAUUGAAACUGCAGGGUGGGUCAGACCCUAAGAAUACUCAUCUAACCAUCCCUAGGGAUGGGAAUAGCCAAAACAUUGCGGCACAGAUUUUCACUUUUCGUGAGCUUGCUGCCGCCACUAAGAACUUCAGACAAGAUUGCAUGCUGGGUGAGGGAGGUUUCGGACGUGUAUAUAAAGGUCGCCUCGAGAAUGGCCAGGCUGUUGCUGUGAAGCAACUUGAUCGUAACGGUCUCCAAGGAAAUAGAGAAUUCCUUGUUGAGGUCCUCAUGCUCAGUCUCUUGCAUCACACUAACCUUGUCAAUCUAAUUGGUUAUUGUGCUGAUGGUGACCAACGCCUCCUUGUUUAUGAGUUUAUGCCACUGGGCUCAUUAGAAGAUCACUUGCAUGAUGUGCCACCUGAGAAGGAACCUCUUGACUGGAACACACGGAUGAAGAUAGCUGCGGGUGCAGCCAAGGGCUUAGAGCAUCUUCAUGACAAGGCUAGCCCUCCUGUUAUUUACCGGGAUUUCAAGUCAUCAAACAUUCUUCUUGGUGAAGGGUUUCACCCGAAGCUGUCCGACUUUGGCCUUGCAAAACUUGGUCCAGUUGGUGACAAGACUCAUGUUUCAACACGUGUAAUGGGAACAUACGGAUACUGUGCCCCGGAAUAUGCAAUGACUGGGCAGCUCACAGUGAAAUCGGAUGUCUAUAGCUUCGGCGUCGUUUUCCUUGAACUGAUCACAGGGCGUAAAGCAAUCGACAACACCAAACCCCAGGGGGAGCAAAACCUGGUGGCAUGGGCCCGUCCACUCUUCAAGGAUCGCAGGAAAUUUCCUAAGAUGGCUGACCCAAUGCUUCAAGGCCGGUUCCCCAUGAGGGGCCUGUAUCAGGCUUUAGCUGUUGCUGCUAUGUGCUUGCAAGAGCAAGCCACAACUCGUCCUCAUAUAGGAGAUGUUGUCACUGCUCUCUCAUAUCUAGCGUCUCAGACAUAUGAUCCAAAUGCCCCAACUCAACAUACUCGGAGCAAUUCAUCGACGCCUAGGGCCAGGAAUAUGGGUGGGCGGAACAGCGAACAGCGCAAUGGACGCUCACCAAACCAUCAUUCUCCCAGGACAUCAAAGCAUGGUGGGGAGGUUAGCCGGACUAGUUCUAAUGGCGGUGAUUCUGGUCGGAGAUCAGGAUUGGAUGACAUGGACAUGGCAGGAUCACAGGCAGGUAGUCCAGCUCAGACAGGAAGGAAGAGAGACACCCCAAGGACUGCUGACAGGCACCGCGCCGUCGUGGACGCUAAAAUGUGGGGGGAGAACUCCAGAGAGCGGAAGCGACCGAACGGCCAUGGUAGCUUCGAUAGUACAAAUGAGUAAAGUGGACGGCUCUCUUUCACGGCGUCGCUCUAGCAGGGGGUCGACGAGUUUGCUCAUCAGCACCAGACGGGCCAGGUUUAGGAACACGGUGUUUGUUCCAGUUCUGUCCCGUUGUCUGUGAAUAAAGGCUUUUCGUGCCAUCAGCACUGCCUCACGGUUGCUUUAUCUGUAAGUUGUUGCAGUUGACAUGCCUUCUCCGGGCGGCGUCCAUUCCUUGCGAAUGUGAUUGUGUCACGCGCUCAUGUCCUUUAGAGUUCAGGAGCCUACAUAGAUGCAGCUGGAAAUGUAGGGAAGGGGAUUGGAAGACCGUCGAAGCCGCAGAGCUGAGUCUGUCGGGCCCUUUCUCUUUUAUCUGCAGUUACACAAUGUCGACAAGUAUGCUCCGCUGCACCUUGUGUUCUGGAACUGAUUGUGCAACCGUGCCGGGCAGUUUCUUCUGAUGGAUGCGACUUCUCAGGUUUGGUUGGGGAUAGGAUAGAGAUUACCCAUGUUUCGUUCGUACAGCUCCUAUUGUUUUUGUGUCGAGUCGCGGGAUGGUCAUUUAUUUGUAUUAGCUUUGACGCACUUCUUCUGCUUGUAUCUUAUUAGUGCGAACAUGGUUUAGCAUGCAGCAAAAGUAUCAGGUUAUUCAGAAUUUCAGAGCCCAUAUAUUAUUGUUCUCAUUUUGUUCCUAGAAGUGGAAACCAUGUUGUUCAUGUA